UCUUGACAUUCUUUAGACCAACUUAUUGUUCUACUGCUGUCCUUGGUAAUUAGCUGUCUUAGGAGGUAGAGUUAUAUCUGAGUACUUGGGUAUGAAUUUGCUGUAGAAAUUAAAUAGACCCAAUACACAUUUGACUUCUUUCUUGGUUUUAGGAAUCUGGGCAAAAAUCCUAACUUUUCCUCUCUUGCCAGAAGCACCCUUUUCUUACCCCACCCACCACGGGUGCGACACUGCAUCAAAGAAAUCUAGCCAGCUUUUGAACCUCGCCAUGGCUCAAAACGGCGACCAUGGAAGCGGUCUGCUGGCAUUUGACCUCAAAACAGAAAAUCCACAAGUGGAGUAUCCAGAUUUAGAAGUGCGGAAUUUGGUCGGCAAUCAACAGGCUAGUACUUAUGGGCCGUCUUUCACUGGGCGUCACCAUCCCAUCUUGGAUGGACAGUCUUUAGCCGGACAUCAACAACAAAGAACGGAUGGACUGUCAUUAGCAGAAGAUCAAAAAGUCGCUGGCUGUAAUUUGGAGUCUCCGACUGAAAUUCACGACAUAAGUCAGAAACUUCAUGAAAGUCCGAGUCCUUCUAAAGCCAGCUACGAAUUAGUGAAGAUAGAAAUGUUACAGAUAGCAGAAGGGGAGCAGAUGGAGGACUCUAGCAGCGAGAGUGAGACGGACGUUGAAACGGAAAAAACACGAACUUUGACCUUUCAUGUUUACGCUGCCAGAAGCCGAUGCUUCAAGCUGUGCCGAGAGAGAGGCUCAGCCCUAAAGAAGGCACGUCACGUGACUUGUCUGCUCUUGUACAUCUCCUACUUUGUGUACGCUAUGUACCUUCACCACAGUGACGGCACAUCCACAGGACUUAUUGUCCUGACAGCUGUCCUGGUCCUUGCCUUGUCCUAUCGUUACCUGCCUGUCGAUCGUGUGACGUCAAAGAUACGCAAGUUGUUUUCCAAGCACCCUGUAGCUCUAAAACGCUUCAGACGAUGUACAGCUUUGGCUUGUGUUGUGGCGACAGUGGCUACAUUGGUGACAGAAGUUGUCAUGGUCCGUCCUAAAAACCUCGUCUCUCUCACCGGCAUGGCCGCCAUGUUGCUGGGGUUUUUCAUCACAUCCUCACAUCCCCAUAAAGUAAUCUGGCGGCCAGUGGUCACUGGUCUGUUGAUGCAGUACGUGUUUGCCUUGGCUGUUCUGCGAGUUCCCGUGGUGCAGCAGAUAUUCCGGUGGGUGGGGGAGGUUGUCACCACUCUGGUCUCGUUCUCCAAUGAAGGCGGGCAGUUUUUGUUUGGGAUUGAUCUCAAAUCCAACGGAUUUAUUUUUUUUAUUAUCCCUCUCAUCAUUUUCGUCAUGGCCUUUUUAUCCGUCCUUGAACAACUGGGGGUGCUUCACGUCCUGCUGCAGAUACUGGGCAAGUUCCUGACCCUCUGCACAGGCGCGUCACCCGCUGAGUCCCUCAAUGCCUCGGCCAACAUCUUCAUGGGACCACUGGAUUCUGUUCUAAUCUUGGGGUCAUAUUUGAAAUACCUGACGUCAUCAGAGCUCCAUUGCUUUAUGGCUAGCACCAUGGCCACAGUAACGGGAAGCUUCCUUGGUUUAUUUAUCGCUCUUGGGAUAUCUGCGGAUCAUCUCCUGGCAGCCUCUGUGAUGUCAGCUCCAGCAGCUUUAUCUUUGGCCAACCUGGCAGUCCCAGAAACAAGCAGACGUAAGGCUCUAGGGGCUGGCCAGGAGCUGGUUUUUACAAAAAGGUACCGAAGUGUGAUCGACGCGGCCUCUAGUGGCGCGGUCAGUGCCAC